AUGAUACGAUCCCUAAGCAAUACUUCAUUGUCGGUUGUUGUGGAUCGAUUCUUCAGCAGAGCACCGUUCGACGCUUUAAGUCCACACAGGCUCAUGUUGUUAGCGGAUUUUAUGACGAAGGACGAAGUUAAAUGUAAGAGCCUCCCAACAAUCAAAGCUAUGAAAUGGGCCAGGCAUCAUUGCGCUCUACGGAUUCACCUCGCUAUGCCUGGUAUAGAUAACCCUUCCGACGAUCAAUAUUACUACGACGACCUGUCACCGAUUGAAACGGAGUUUUCCGCUGAAAUAUUCGAAGGAGCGGAACUCGUACGAUUUUGGGUGGAAAUUAGCACAAUACGUAGUCUUGAGAGAAUAUUAUCAAGCUAUAGUCUCACAAUGUUGGCGAUUUUUGGACAAAACUCCAGUCUCGGGCGGGACUCAAAUUAUGCUAUCUGUGCACCGUGCUCUAUCCCUUGCAUUACCGAGACCCCGCUUGCCGUCGCCCUAAUGGCUUAUAUGCCAUAG